GCUUCACCUAGUCACUUCGCUCCCCGUUUAGGAGUGUCGUGUCGCAUCGAGGGCGUCGGAUGAGCAACGUUGCUUAGAUUCGUGCCACGUGUCAUGCGAGCUCUGUUAUUCGAGAAUCGUCAACAUCAUCCAGAAGGACGAGCUGUGUAUUCCUUAUGCUUCAGAGCUUUUUAAUUUGAGAAUUCUCGAGAAACAAUAACUCCUUGAACACGAUUUCUGUCGUCACUGCAGCCAUGGAAUCUCUCCGUCGCCUUGCGACAUUCCUCCUCGUCGUCGUUGUCGUCAUCGGCUCGUCGCUCGCUGUCGCACGGGCGAAGUUCAUCGUGCAGACGCACAGCAUCCAGAUCACCGAGCCGAAGAGCAUUCGCGGGACGUACGACAGCGGAAUCGCCAACUUCGGAGUGCCGCAAUACGGCGGCACUCUAUCAGGCGUGAUUGUGUACAUGCAGAAGAACAAGGCGGGAUGCAAGAAGCUGUCGCCGUCAGAGGCGUUCAAGAAGGGUGCGGGCCAACGACCCACCAUCCUUAUGGUUGACCGAGGAGAGUGCCUGUUCACCCAGAAGGUGUGGUACGCGCAGCUGGGGGGCGCAUCAGCAGUCCUCGUAGCGGACACGGAUGUAGAGUCGCUCAUCACCAUGGAGGCGCCCAUCGACGACGAGGAGACGGACCGCUACGUCAACAACAUCACCAUCCCCUCCGCAAUCAUCGAGAAAUCCACGGGGGAUAAGAUCCGCUCGGCGCUCUCCGGGGGGAAUAUGGUGCUGGUUGACCUGGACUGGCGGGAAACGCUCCCUCACCCGGACGAAAGAGUCGAGUACGAGCUCUGGGGGACCAGCAACGAUAUUUGCGGGCCGAAAUGCAACGAUUUGACCAAUUUCCUGGACAAUUUCAAGGGGCUGGCGAUCACCCUGGAGCAGGGCGGGUAUACCCUCUUCACGCCGCACUACAUCACCUGGUACUGCCCCCCCGAGGAGGUCGACUCGAUCGCGUGCAAGAACCAGUGCAUUCACAAGGGGCGGUACUGCGCGCCGGACCCCGAGAGCGACUUUGAGCAGGGAUACGAUGGGAAGGACGUGCUGGUGGAGAACCUGCGGCAGCUUUGCGUGUGGAAGUGGGGGAAUGACACCGGCAAGCCGUGGGUGUGGUGGGACUAUGUGACGGACUUCAGGAAGCGGUGCGGCAUGGCGGACAAGAUGUUCAAUGCAGUGUGCGCUGAGACCGUUCUCACGUCCCUGGGCAUUGACGUGCGCAAUGUACGUGAGUGUGUGGGCGACCCCACGCAGGAUGUGGAGAACGCUCUGCUGCAGCAGCAGGAGGACCAGCAGGUGGGAAAGGAUGGGCGCAGUGACGUCACAAUUCAGCCCACCCUGGUGGUCAACAACGCGCAGUACAGAGGCAAGCUGGACCCCAUGGGAGUGCUCAGGGCGGUGUGCUCGGGAUUUGAGGAAGCCACAGAGCCGGCGGUGUGCCUGGGCGCAGAUGUGCAGACGAACGAGUGCGCGACUAACAAUGGCGGCUGCUGGUCGGGCUUCAAUGUGACGGCGUGCAAGGACACCUUUCGAGGCCGGGUGUGCCAGUGCCCCAGCGAUCCCGUCUCAGGGGUCAACUUCGUGGGGGACGGCUACGGCAAGUGCGCCCCCCAAGGCGUUGGGCGCUGCCGGGUGAACCACGGGGGGUGCUGGAACGCGGAGCACAGCGGCCAGACCUUCUCCGCCUGCGAUGACACGUCUAUGUUUGGCACAGGCUGCAGCUGCCCGCCUGGGUUCACAGGAGACGGCUACACAUGUGUGGAUAGGGACGAGUGUGCGGCAGACUCCCCGGUGUGCAAGUGCCCCGACUGCCACUGCUCCAACACCUUCGGCUCUUUUGAUUGUUCCUGCGCUGGGGGGCUCGUCUAUAUGCGCGACUCAGAUGCCUGUAUCAACGGCGGCUUCACGUCGCACAUGUUUGGCAAGGUGUUUGCCAUCGUGGUGGCUGCUCUCAUCCUCGCUGCUCUCAUCAGCUUCGGCAUCUACAAGUACCGCCUGAGGGCGUACAUGGACUCGGAGAUCCGCACCAUCAUGGCGCAGUACAUGCCGCUGGACAGCCAGCAGCAGGAUGGGGCCACCAGGGAGAGCCUCGUGCAGACCGCAUGAGGAGGAGCAUGGGCAUGGGGCAUGGGCAUGGGCAUGGGCAUGGGCAUGGGCAUGGGCAUGGGCAUGGGCAUGGGCAUGGGCAUGGGCAUGGGCAUGGGCAUGGGCAUGGGCAUGGGCAUGGGCAUGGGCAUGGGCAUGGGCAUGGGGCAUGGGGCAUGGGGCAUGGGCAUGGGCAUGGGCAUGAUGGGCAUGGUUUACAUGUCGAAUAACCCAUUGGGGUCUGCUGGAGAUUCUCGGGGAAGGGCUACAAGUCUCUAUGCCUGGGGGGUUAUGGGCGCGCUAUCCCACUACUUGACAAGCCCUAUUAGCACAGUGGUUAGCGACUGUGCUUCUGACAUUACAGACAUGGGAUGGGACGUGCAUGAGGGCUAGAUACAGACUAUCUUGCCUUGAAAUAUCGUACGCCAUUCGAAUUUGCACGGAUACCAGUCCCUUUCCAUGGGCCCUGGUUGUUUGGCGUGUGAGUGAUGACGGCUCGGCUCGGCUCUUGUCAUCAUGGAAUGGUAGAGUUGAUUCUGAUUUCAGAAAGCGGUGGCGGUGUUUGUGGGUUAUCAUUAUCCGUGUGUUGGGUGGGAUUGGAGACCAGGGCUGACGUUUUUUAAAAAGGUACCCUGAGCCAACCCCCUAUAUUUUUUGUUUUUUUACUCUGAAGGGCCUUAAGCAAAAAAAUUGGCACUCUGAA